ACGAAGACGAACAUUGCAGCGAAAUGUCAAAGGAAAUUCCGAUCACCCCUUCCAACGUCAACAAAAAACAAAAAUAUUCGACGGGAUCCGAUGACGAUUGGUUUUACCUGGAAAAUUCCUCGCAUCGUCGCGUCCAACGUGACCUGAUGAAAAUGCUGAAACUGGAUUAUGAGACUGAAACGGCCAAAGAGGAAGAACCGCCUACAGGCGAUCUCAACACGAAGGCUAUCCUGUUUCCAUACAUCCGGCAGAUACACUUCGGUCUGCACUUACUCUACGAAGACAUCAAACUAAACACCUUGCGAUCCGAGGAACUCCUACCUCUGAUGAAGCUUCUGAACAAGCUCUCUGUCGAUCUCUAUCUAGACGAGUACAACCUGCAUUAUUGGUACGACUUUCCACAUCACGCGGUACUGCGGAAAAAUUCUGUCGUACCGCUGAACGAACUGAAGAACGUCAACGUUUGGCCUGGAUUCAGCGAGAAGCCUGUGAACGUUUUCAAGUACAUUUACGAGCUGUUGGGAGAUGUGCCAGCGCAGCCCUAUCCCUAUUUGGCCAAUGUCAAUGCCAGAUCCAGGGAUGUAGUCCAGUUGUGUGGUCUGAUAUCUCAGUCAAACAAAUCAGUGCUUUCCGAAGUACUCCUGGAUAGUUACGUCAAAGAAAUAACCGGUAGUUCGAACCCCGAAGAAUGCCACAGUCACUAUCAGAAAGCCGCAUACAUCGAUAACACAGUCUUGGAACAAGUCGUUCUGUUUAUGGUCGACAUGAAAAUAACCACCAGUUACCUCGAAACUUUACCUCACGCCAUCUACUUCCUAUUUUACAACGCUCUCUGGAAGUGCAGAGAGAACCCGCCUUCCAAUUGGCCGGCGGAAGCAUACUAUCUUCUCUACAGGGAAGAUCUGGCAGCACAGGCUCUGAAAAUAGAGAAAGAGAAACAGGAAUCUUCUCAAGAACUGUUGGGGAUGUACAGCUGUACGCAACUGGAAGAUGUGAUGCCCGGAAUCAAAGCGGAUUUCGAUCAGGUGGACGGUAUGGAGGACAUAGACAAUUCCCUCAUGAAGUUGCGGUUCAGCGAUGACAUGAGAGUGAACGAAACGAGAAAUAUGUUGCAGAGUUCGAAGCCGGUGCCGAUAGUGCUGACUCAGCGACCCGACGUUUCCGAUCACGAUUUCAUCGAGGAGCAAGAGAAGCAUUUGUACGGGAUUUGUAUCAGGACGAUGGCCUUACCUGUCGGAAGGGGAAUGUUCACCCUUCGUACCGCCACCCCCGUGAUAACCGAGCCUCUUCCCGCACCCCCAGUCUGCCUCACGGGCAAAGCCCCUCCCAGGGGCACCACCGUGGACUUGAACCACAUCGACACGCCUGCCAACAUGAACUUGUGGCCGCUUUUCCACAACGGUGUUGCCAACGGUUUAAGGAUCACCCCGGAUGCCCACAACAUCGAUAACACUUGGAUUAUUUUCAACAAGUCGAAGGGUGGAAAUGAUCCGCUAAUGGAACAUGCCGGGUUCUUAUUGGCCCUGGGAUUGAAUGGUCACUUGAGAAAUUUAUCGUUGAAGAGUACUUUCAACUAUUUAGAAAAGUUACACGAGAUGACGAGCGUCGGCAUAUUAUUGGGUCUCUCUGCUGCCUUCCGCGGCACCUGCGAACCCCACCUCACCAAAACCCUCGCCGUCCAUGUGGAGGCCCUUUUGCCGCCCACCUCGAUGGAACUGGACGUGCCGCACGCCCUUCAGGUGGCCGGUUUGCUGGGCGUAGGGCUGGUGUACGAGGGGGCGGCACAUAGGCGCACGGCCGAAGUGCUGUUGGCGGAGAUCGGCCGCCCCCCCGGGCCAGAAAUGGAGAACAGCGUCGACAGGGAGAGUUAUUCGCUGGCGGCGGGGUUGGCCUUGGGGUUGGUCACAUUGAAACAUGGCGGACAUCCAGCAGGGCUGUCAGAUUUGAAUGUACCUGAUACUUUGCAUUACUACAUGGUUGGGGGAAAUAAGAGACCACUUACAGGUUCUCAGAAAGACAAGUACAAAACGCCGUCGUUCCAAAUCCGCGAAGGCUCCUCGGUGAACCUGGACGUGACCGCCCCUGGGGCCACCCUGGCCUUGGGCCUCAUGUACCUGGGCACGGCCAACAAGGCCGUGGCCGACUGGAUGGCCCCUCCGGCCACCCAGUACCUCUUGGACUUCGUCAGGCCGGACUUCCUCUUGUUGAGGGUCCUCUCGAGAUCACUGAUAUUAUGGAACGAAAUCGACCCGUCAAAAGAAUGGGUGGAGAGUCAGGUCCCCUCUACCAUAAGGCCGUAUUGCAUGGUGACACCUUGUAAUUCUUUGGAUGUAGACUACGAAGCCAUGAACCAAGCCUAUUGUAAUAUAGUUGCAGGAGCGUGUUUCGCUCUAGGCUUGAAGUUCGCAGGAACUGCAGAAGAAGAAGCUUAUGACACUCUCAUGCAUUUCUGUCACAUGUUCACCUCUCUCACGGCCAAAUCUAUCGCUGAAUUGGCGGGAAAAUCGACAAUCGAGACGUGUUUGAAUGUACUGCUUUUGUCUGUCUCAAUGGUUAUGGCGGGCACCGGCAACCUGGAAAUAAUGAGGCUGGUGCGUCAUUUGCGUCGAAGGGUGGGGGUGUCCAAUAGCCCCGUGGUGACCUACGGCUCCCACUUGGCCAUCCACAUGGCCUUGGGGCUGCUGUUUUUGGGCGGGGGGCGGUACACGCUGUCCAACUCGCCUUCGAGCGUGGCGGCGCUCAUUUGCGCCUUCUACCCCAAAUUUCCCACCCACAGCAACGAUAACAGGUACCACUUGCAAGCAUUCCGUCACCUCUACGUUCUGGCAGUAGAACCGAGACUGAUCAUCCCGAAAGAGAUUCACGCCAACGAGAUUUGCUAUGCCAAUCUGAGGGUGGUGAAAUUGAACGGCAUCGAGAUGAAUAUCAAAGGGCCCGGCAUCGUGCCCGAUUUGAAUACCUUGGCCAAAGUAUCGGUGGACGAUGAACGGUAUUGGCCUGUCGUGUUCGAGAGAAGCAGGAACUGGGAACUAUUGGAAAAAAUUCUAUCCACCACCGGCUACAUCGAAGUGAAACAGCGAGCCGGUUGCCUCAGCUACUUGGCCGACAAAUUCGGCUACCGCAGUCAAUUGGCUAGAACUUUGACACAUUCGGAGGUGGUGCCGUGGGACCCUUCUGCCGCCUCCAUAGCCACCUUCACCUCCGACAAGGCCAUCCGAUUGUUUUGCAGGAAUUUCAUCAAGGGCGGGGAGGAAGGUAAGGGGGAGGUUAGCCCAUUGGAGAGGCGGCUCAAACAGGCGCUGUCGAAGAUAACGUACGAUGCUGUGGUGAAGGAUAAGUUGGUGGUGAUCGUCGUGUUCAUGGCUUUGAUCAAGAUGAUAAUAGAACUGGAAACUUCUCCAAAUACUCUAAAUAUCUGGCAAUUCAAAAUCAUUGCCAGGCAGGUUUUGACGAAACCAGGGAAUUUACUUUCCAAAGAAAUCGUGUUAUCAAUGCAGCAAGAAAUGGAAAGUAUUUUCGACACUUGGGGAGGAAACCUGAAAGGACCAUUGAUCGAAUUUCUGUCGGGGGCU